AUGGUGGUUUUCAACUUGAGCGGUUACAACUCAGAACCUUUCACUCUGGUGGGUAUCCCAGGCCUGGAGAAGUUUCACGUGUGGAUUGGGAUUCCUUUCUGCGGCAUCUACCUCAUGGCUGUCGUGGGCAACUGCGUUCUUCUCUACCUCAUUGCAGUGGAGCGCAGCCUGCAUGAGCCCAUGUUCCUCUUUCUCUCCAUGCUGGCCGUGACGGACCUCGUCUUGUCCACAGCUGGGGUGCCUAAAGCUCUCAGUAUCUUUUGGUUUGGGGCGCAUGAAAUUACCUUCCCGGGAUGCCUUACUCAAAUGUUCUUUCUUCACUCCAGCUUUGUGCUAGACUCAGCCAUCUUGAUGACUAUGGCAUUUGAUCGCUAUGUGGCCAUCUGCUUCCCCCUGAGAUACACAACCAUCUUGACGCCCAAAACCAUCAUCAAGAUUGUUGUGGGCAUCUCCUUCCGAAGCUUUUGCAUCAUCCUGCCAGUUGUAUUCCUGCUGACCCGCCUACCUUUCUGCAGGACACACAUUAUCCCCCACACAUACUGUGAGCACAUCGGUGUUGCUCGGCUUGCUUGUGCUGAUAUUUCCAUCAACAUCUGGUAUGGCUUUUGUGUUCCCAUCAUGACAGUCAUCUCAGAUGUGAUUCUCAUCGCCGUUUCCUAUGCCCUCAUUCUUUGUGCUGUCUUUCGCCUCCCCUCUCAAGAUGCCCGCCAGAAGGCCCUGGGUACCUGUGGUUCUCAUGUCUGUGUCAUCCUUAUGUUUUAUACACCUGCUUUCUUCUCCAUCCUUGCCCAUCGCUUUGGACACAAUGUCCCCCGAACUUUUCACAUAAUGUUUGCCAACCUGUACAUUGUUAUCCCCCCAGCACUUAACCCCAUUGUUUAUGGGGUAAAGACCAAGCAGAUCCGAGAAAAAGUCAUCCUUCUCUUUUCUAAAAAGGCUACAGAGUGA